AUGACGCAGGACGAGCAGUCUAGACAGUUUGUCGCUGAUGAGGACAAGUUCGUUUUGAAACAAGCCAAGAAGAAGGCUGAUAUUCGAGUUCGGGAAGACCGAGCCAAGCCUAUUGAUCUCCUGGCCUUCAAUCUGCGCUUCAUCGACGACGACCGGGACGUCUUCGACGACGACGAUGCCGACUUGCACCUCAAUGUGGCCUCUCCCGAGGAGGUCCUGCAGGGGCUCGACGAAUCACAGCUACGAGACCUGGAUUCUGACAUCACGUCCUACCACACCCUCGAGCAAAACGACCGCAACCGCGACUACUGGAAGUCGUUGCAAACUAUCUGUGCCGACAGGCGGCAGAAGCUGAAACCACAAGGUCCAGACGCUCGGGUUGUGAGCACAGUAUCCGAAGAUGUCGACAAGAUCCUGCGCCCCAAGACGUACGAGCAGCUUGAGGCACUCGAAUCACAGAUCAAGGCAAAGCUCCGCUCCAACGACGAUAUCGAUGUCGACUAUUGGGAGCAGCUUCUCCGCAGUCUGCUGGUGUGGAAGGCUAAGGCCAAGCUGAGAAAGGUGUCCGAAGCAAUCAACGACAGCAAAGCCGCACUGCUCAAGCUGCAGGAUCCGGAAAAGGCAAAGGCACUAGGCGGCCACAACCAGCCCAAUCAUGCCGAUUCUAUUUCGGGCCCUGCAGCAGUCAGGAACCUGUCAUCUGAGCCAAGCAGGACAGAAACAAAGACGGUACCUGUUUCAAGUGCGCCCCCAGGAACAGCUCGAUUUGCUCAGACGGGCAACGAAGACUUUUCCCAAGCUACCAAAGCUCUAUACGACCGUGAGGUCGCGCGUGGCAUAGGUGAAGACGAAGAGAUUUUCACGGCAGAAGAGACCGUUGCAAGUGGUUCGAAACCUCAAUGGGCUGAUAAGCAUCGGCCACGAAAGCCGAGAUACUUCAAUCGCGUCCAGAUGGGCUACGAAUGGAACAAAUACAACCAGACACAUUACGACCACGACAACCCGCCCCCAAAGGUUGUCCAGGGCUACAAGUUCAACAUCUUCUAUCCCGAACUCAUUGACAAGACCAAGGCGCCCACUUUCAAAAUCAUUCGAGAACACGGUAGAAAAAGGGGAGAGUCUUUUGCCGCAGCAGGGGAGGAAGAUACAUGCCUCAUCCGAUUCAUCGCAGGCCCCCCAUACGAAGACAUUGCCUUCAGAAUCGUGGACCGCGAGUGGGAUUACAGUGCGAAGAAGGAUCGCGGCUUCAAAAGUUCCUUCGAUAAGGGUAUCCUGCAACUGCACUUUCAAUUCAAAAAGAUCUACUACCGGAAGUAA